AUGGCGGAUCCGACCGCGAGGUUGUGUGAGAGUUUGACUCGCCGGCACGGUGUCCGUGUUGUGUGUCCGGCACGGUGUCCGUGUUGUGUGUCCGAUGAAGCUAUCUGUAAAGAACUGUCUCGGUACGGGCGAAUCGUCUCCCCCAUUAAGAGAAUCCCUCUUGGCUAUAUUAAGUGUUUUAAAUGUGGAAAAACUGGUCAUCUUGUUCGGGCCUGCCCCGAGAGGCAGAGUGACCCCGGUGUUUCUGAGCGACCGGGGCAGGACGCAGCUCAGUCGGCUGGGGUCGUUCCCCCUGCGGCUACAGUUCGGCCGGCUGCUGAGGGCCCCGGAGCUGCUGCUGCACCAGACCUGAAAGAGAGUGAGCCCCAAGCCCAGCCUGCAACCCAGAAGCCCACUGGAGCUGCAACAGCCCCGGAAAAGCCAUGCACGGCCGAACCGGCCGCGGAAGAGCCAUGCUCGGCUCAACCGGACCGGGAGAAGCCGUGCUCCACUGAGAAGAGCUCAGUGGGUUCUGGUGCAGUGCUGGAGCUGCCUGCGCUGGCAGAGGCAGGCACGGAGGUGCAGAGCGAACGCCCGGAAACACCGGACACUACACCAGUGCAGGGGGACGGGGAAGACGUGGACAUGGUGGAUGAGCCCGUUUUUAAAGUGCCGAAUAAAAGGAAAAAGCAAGGUAAGGGACGGGGAAAAAAGCAGGCAAAAAAGGACACAAAGAUGGGGGAACGAGAAUCAGACAGUGAUGACUGCAUGUCAGACUCUGUUUUAAUGUUCGAUUCUCAGGAGGAACAGGUUAAUAUUGUGUACAGCGCUGGUGAUAAAGAGUUUUUAAGGAACACCAAAUGGCAGAAAAAUGUAGCAUUGGAAGAGUUUUUCCCAGACCCAGAAAGGAAACGUAACUUUGCAGCAGAACUAAACUAA